CGGAAGUUGACCUGUUUGCUUGCAGCCACUUCCUUUAGCGGACAGCUCCUCUUUGGCGAACUAACGAGACGAAACCAUAACAUGGACAGUUAGUGAGUGUUUCGUAAAGGGACGACUGUAGCCAGCUGUUGUUUUUGUCAGUCUUCGCGUGUCAUGGCGGAUGAUAAUCAGCCCGUUUUUAGUGAGGUCCCUGAUGAUAAAGGGAAGGAGAAGUACAAGAAAAGUGAGAAUGUUGCUUUUUACAGGAGACAGAUGCAGGGUCCCAGCAGGAAGUACAGGGCCCUUUUAGACACCAUGGUGCUCACUGAGAAGGGAGUCUGCUUCCAGCUGGUGGAAGCUGACACUCAGACCAAGCUGCUUCUUACUGUGUCUCCCUGUAAAUGUGACACUGUGAGGAUCUUGAUAGAUGAGGCUCAGCCUGGUAAAGCCCGCUACCGAGUCUCUGAUGUGCUGACUGGAGAUCCUCAGAGUGAACAGUUGAGGGUGGAGUCACAGACUCAGGAUUUUGUCACCCUUUCCUGGUCUCUGGCACAACACCAGGUCCGCGUGUGGCAUUUUCCUUUCCGAGUGGAGAUCUUGAAGGAUCAGGAAGUGAUCGUUACGUUUAACUCCAAAGGCAAACUGUGGUUUGAAAGGUUGCAGGAGCUGCCCAGUCAGCCUACCGAUGACCCGACAGGUUUAUGGAGGGAGACCUUCAGGACGUUUGUUGACAUCAAAGCUAACGGUCCGAGCAGCAUCGGCGCUGAUCUCUGCCUUCACGGGUUCAGACACGCCUACGGCCUUCCAGAACACUCCGACCAGCUGCUGCUCAGAGACACCAGAGACGGAGAACCUUAUCGGCUGUAUAACCUGGACGUGUUUGCCUACGACCUGCACAGCCGCCUGGGCCUGUACGGCUCCGUACCGCUGAUGGUGGCUCAUAGAGCAGACAGGACUAUCGGUGUGUUUUGGCUGAAUGCAUCGGAAACCUUUGUGAACCUUCAGUACCUCCCUACAGACCCCCAGAUGCCUCCAGUGAAGAGGAGGAGGACACAGGUUCAGACUGACGUCCACUGGCUCUCAGAGAGCGGGGUGAUCGACUGCAUGGUUUUACUGGGGCCCAGCCCACAUCAACUGUUCCACCAGUACGCCCAGCUGACAGGUUACCAAGCCCUGCCCCCCUUCUUUGCCCUGGGGUACCACCAGUGCCGCUGGAACUACGACGACGAGGCCGACGUGAGGGCUGUGGAUGCUGGAUUCGAUCGCCAUAACAUCCCUUAUGAUGUCAUCUGGCUGGACAUCGAGCACACUGAUGGGAAGCGAUACUUCACCUGGGACUCGGCUCGUUUCCCCGAACCGGCAAAACUACAGCGCCAUCUAGAGAAGAAGAAUAGGAAGAUGGUGGUGAUAAGUGAUCCCCACAUCAAGGUGGAUGCUGAUUGGUCCCUGUACCGUGAGGCCAGAGACGGAGGACACUUUGUUCGAGACAGAGAAGGACACAUCUAUCAGGGCUCGUGUUGGCCAGGUGAGUCUUCCUAUGUUGACUUCAGCAGCACUGCGACCCGAGCCUGGUACUCCACCUGCUUCAGUCUGGAGAAAUACAAGGGGUCGACCUCCGUCCUCUUUGUAUGGAACGACAUGAACGAGCCGUCGGUCUUCAGUGGGCCGGAGCAGACGCUGCCGAAGGACGCGGUGCAUCACGGAGGAUGGGAACAUCGGGAUCUACACAACCUGUACGGCUUCUACCAGCACAUGGCCACAGCGGACGGCCUGCUGACCCGCUCAGGGGGCUCAGAGAGACCCUUUGUCCUCUCUCGCUCCUUCUUUGCAGGAUCUCAGAGAUUUGGAGCAAUAUGGACCGGCGACAACGUGGCCAGCUGGGACCAUCUGAAGAUUUCCAUUCCCAUGGUUCUGUCUCUGAGUCUAGCGGGGAUCGUGUUUUGCGGAGCUGAUGUUGGGGGGUUCGUUCAGGAUCCAGAACCAGAGCUGUUGGUGCGCUGGUACCAGGCGGCGGCCCUGCUGCCGUUUUUUCGGGGCCACUCAGACAAGAAGACCAAGCGGCGUGAGCCCUGGCUCUUUGGGGAGGAAGUCACAGCAGCGAUCCGCGCCGCCGUCCAACAGAGGUACCAUUUGCUGCCCUACUGGUACACUCUGUUCCACUACGCCCACAACUCCGGCCUGCCUCCAGUCAGACCUCUGUGGACCGAGUUUCCCAGAGAAGAACAUACGUUCACUGAGGACAGUCAAUACAUGAUUGGGGGAGCCUUGCUCGCCUGUCCUGUAACACAGCCAGGAGUUGAGGAGGUCAGAGUCUUACUUCCUGGAUCUAAUGAAAUCUGGUACGACAUCUGCUCUGGACAGGAAUAUGGAGGAGGCCAGACUCUGAGUCUUCCAGUCACCCUGGACACCAUUCCGGUGUUCCAGCGCGGCGGCUCGGUGGUCUGUAGAUCAACAGGAAGUGGGACAUGUGCAGCGGACUUCCAGCAGCUUCCUCUUACUCUCACCGUGGCCUUAAACUGUCAGGGCCGUGCUGCAGGUGAACUCUACCUGGAUGAUGGUCAUUCCUUUGGUUACCGGGUCAGAAAGUCCCGUCUGCGCCGGUUCUGCCUGCGGUCGGGCUGCCUGCGCUGCAGCCCUGCUGCAGAUGAUGGAACGUUUGACUGCGAGACGUUCAUCCAGUCCGUUACUGUCCUGGGUUUGAGAGACAAACCAUCCACGGUUGUCGUCCAUGUGUCGGGUGCUGAGGAGACGUCUGCUGUGUUUGAGUAUGAGGAGACCUGCUGCAGGCUGACGGUGACCCGCCUGAAGCUCAGCGUUCUGAUGGACUGGCAGGUCCAGAUGAGUUAACGGUGACUACGUCAGAGAUACUGUAUCAGACAUCAGGGGGAUUUAAGCUUUAAUCACAAGUUUUUUUUAUUGUAAUUCACUCAGUCAUAGCUAAGGAUGAGCAGCUACAAUCCAUGUGUGACCCCCAAAGAAUUUGAUGCAGUUUUUUUCUGUUUGUCAGGCUUACCGGCCAUGGUUGGUCUGAUUCUCUCCCUCGUGUUUACUCUGGAGUUGAACACAACCCAUCCUUGAAUAAGUCUCACUCUUCUUUGAGAUUCAAUAGCUGUAAAGAUGUCAUGAAUACAAAUUAUCCAGAGUAGUUUUGAGAGUACAGAUAAGAUAAAAGACAAUAUAACCCCUUAAACCUGAUGGAAAUCGAGACUGUCACGUUGAGAGCAGGAGGAUCGGACCCAAAAUGCCGAACACCAGAGUAACUCAAGGCAGGAGCGGUUGAAUAAAUGAAAAUUCCUUUUAUUAAGAUGAUGAGUGAAUAUCCAAACGGCAGGAAGCUGACUGACAAAAACAAAAGCUCAUUUAUGAGCAAGAACCUAGAAUUUCUCGAGGGGGACAGAACAACACUGACAAAGACAAUGGACCAACACACACUGACAAGACAGGGUUUUACACACACAGGGAAGCAAUCAGGGAAACUGGUAGCAGGUGUGUGGGGUGUGUGAGCUGAAGGGAUCAGGAGAGACUCAGGCCCUGUCCACACGUAGCCGGGUGUUUUUAAAAACGAAUAUCCGCCCCUCCAAAAACUUGCAUCCACACCACCUCGUUUAAAAAAAAAACUCUGUCCACACGUACCCCGAUAAAUACGUUGUUAAGGACAUGCCAGACCUGUAGGCGGCAGUACUUCCCCCGUUCUUAACCUCGUCUUUCGUCUGUGGUCUUCCGCAAGGAGCAGUAAUUCCACUUGCAAACACAAACAAGCAAAAAGCGCUUGGACAAGUGAUAAAGCGAGCGCAGCUCUGAGGGCAUCCAUGCUGCCGGCUAGUGUAAACACAGGUCGCACACGUGAUGUCAGCAUUUUUUUGUCGCGGAAAGUGACGUUGCGGACCUUAAAACUCCGGUUUUGUCUGUCCACACGCAGACACCCAAAACGGAGAAAACGCAGAUCUUCACUUUGGCCGUAGUUUUUAAAAAGAUCCGUUUUCGUGUGAAAAAACUCAGUUUUCGUGUGGAUGACAGGCCAAAACGUAGAAAAAUAUCUACGUUUUGGCAGAUCCCCGGCUACGUGUGGACAGGGCCUAACUAGGUGGGGAAGGAACACAUUGUAUUAAAGGGAGAAACUGACUGGAUAAUAUAACUAUACAGAGAAUUAACAAACCUGAAACUAGACACCAGAACAAACAUUAAAUCUUCAGCUUGGGGAACUAAAGAGACAGGAACCAAAGGAGGGGGAAUCAAUGGGGAGACUAAAACUACUGGGAUGGGAUAACUAAGUAUGAAGUGACUAGGGGGGAACCUGGAGGGCGAACUGGAGGGGGCUGGGGACCAAAAGGACACAGAACAUGACAAAGACAGAAAAAAAACAAGAAAAAGUAGAUUUUAGAUGUGAAAAAAGUCAGAUGACCCACUCAGUUAAAACUAGGAUGUUGUUAAUGAUGGAGCUUUAGAUCAGUGGUUCCCAAACUUUCCAGCUUCAGACCCACAAAAUAGCUAUGAAGACAUGUGACCCCAGAUUCAUCUGAUUAGACAAGAGAAACAUGCUUAAAAAGCUAAAUAAUUCAGGAAGUAAGCAAAACCACUCUAGCUCUUGUUCACUUAUAUCAAUUUAUUACACUUUAGUUGAGUUCUUGUAACAAUUAUGCCAGAAAUAUAGCUUCAGCGAUUUCUGGACAUCAUCUCAAGACCUCCUGAGUUGAUUUUGGUGACCUAAAAUGGGGUCCCACCCCUAACUUUGGGAACCACUGCUCUUGAUGUUUUGGUCAGAUGUUGAAAAGCAGGUGAUGUAGCGUCUCACCUGGCUGUGGAGGGAGGACUCACCCAGACUUUUAUUCCUCUGUUAAACUGGAUGGAUUUUAAUGAAACUCACACAGGCUCUUAACCAGAUGGUCGUCUACAGCUGAUUAAUGUUUGGAACCAGUCAGAAUCAAGAUGGCCACCCCAGCUAAGCAACAUUAGCAAACAUAAAAAGCUGUUGCUUUUGUGGAUCUGAUGUGUGAUUUUGAGUGAGAUCGUGUUACCUCGACCACAACAACUGAACCUCCAUUGUUUUUCUACCUGAGACAUGAAAGGUAGUUCUCUGCGUGGACUGCUGGGAAUUUAUUUGUUGGUGCUUUUAACCGGUGUUGUUUUUUUAAUGAUGGAAAAAAGAACUGAAGUGUGUUUUAUUCCAAUAAAAAUCAUUCAAAGCUUUCA